GGCCACUUAACAUCUCUUCACACUUUAUACCUCGGUGAAAACAAUUUGAAUGGUACACUACCAGCUGAGAUUGGCAACCUUCACAACAUGGUUUUUUUUGGUGUUGAAAGAAAUCAGAUUGGGGGCUCAUUUCCUUAUAGUAUUUUCAUGAAUAUGUCUUCUCUUCAUGAAUUAACACUACGGAGAAACAAGUUCACAGGGAAUCUUUCAAAGGAUGUUGGAAAUCUUACAAUGCUAACCCAAUUAUCAAUUUCCAAUAACUACAUGACAGGGAUAAUUCCCACUGAAAUGGAGCAACUAUACCGACUGAAUAGAUUAUCAAUUGCUGAGAAUUACUUGAGUGGUUCCAUUCCACAUGGUCUCUUCAACAUUUCUACUCUUCAAGUUCUUUCAUUUUCUGGGAAUGCCCUCUCUGGAGUUCUUCCACCCAAUUUGUGCCAACAUGAAGCUCUUCCCAUUUUUGAAGAGCUCUAUCUUGGCGAAAAUUCCAUCUCUGGACCAAUACCCAACUCUAUCUCCAAUUGUUCUCAACUCAGAAUUCUCGCACUUUCUGAAAACAAAUUCAGUGGUUAUAUACCUACUGAUCUCGGCAACCUAAGACUUCUCCUACGCCUUGAACUGUUCAGCAACAAUCUUUCUUCAAACCUCGAUUUCAUCACCUCAUUGUCAAAUUGCAGGUCUUUAAAUCGUCUGACUUUAUCUAAUAAUCCUCUGUAUGGCGCCAUUCCACCUUCUAUUGGGAAUUUAUCUUCCUCACUCCAACAGUUCUAUGCCGGCGGCUGCAAAUUGAACGGCACCAUUCCUGCUCAAAUAGCCAAUUUAACAAGCUUGGCGAUCUUGAGUUUUUCUGACAAUAAGUUAUCUGGUUCAAUUCCUAAAUGUUUGGGUAAUGCCUCUUCUUUAAGAGUUGUUUUUCUAAACGCCAACAUGUUCCAUUCAAGUAUACCAUCCAGCUUAUGGGGCCUUGAAGAUUUGUUGGAUCUGGAUUUGUCCUCAAAUUCAUUUACUGGGUUUUUACCUCAAGAGAUAAGUAACCUAGGAGCAGCAAUAUCUAUUGAUCUCUCUAUGAAUCAGUUGUCAGGGUCUAUUCCUGACACUAUUGGAAAGUUACAGAAUUUGGCAAAUCUUUCUUUGGCAAAUAACAGACUAGAAGGUUCUAUUCCAGUUUCCAUGGGAAGCAUGAUCAGUUUGGUGACUCUUGACUUGUCCCACAACAACCUCUCUGGUUCAAUUCCAAAGUCUUUGGAAGAGCUUCAAUACCUCAACUAUUUCAAUGUCUCUUUCAAUAGUUUGAGUGGAGAAAUUCCUAGUGGUGGCUCUUUCAGAAACUUUACUAUGGAUUCUUUUAAGGGCAAUGAGGCAUUGUGUGGAAUCCCGAGAUUCCAUGUCCCUGUUUGCCCAGGAGUUUCUAAUCAUGUACUAUCAAAGAGGAAGAAGGUGGAACGAGCUUUAUUUGUGGCUUUUGGGGUUGUGGCUUUCAUUUCGUUUGUAUCUUUGGCUUUUAUCUUAAUCAGAUGCAAAAGGAAAGUUAAGACAACUAGAGAAGUUGAUGAGAUGAUAUCCGUUGUUCCAGAAAGAAUAUCUUAUUAUGAGCUUAUGCAAGCAACUGAACAACUCAGUGAGAGCAAUUUACUUGGAAUUGGAAGUUCUUGCUCUGUUUACAAAGGAAUUCUUAAUGAUGGGAAUGCUGUCGCUGUUAAGGUGUUCAAUCUUCAACUACAAGGCAUUUCAAGGAGAUUUGAUGUCGAAUGUGAGAUACUUCGUAGCAUUCGGCAUAGGUGUCUGACCAGCGUUUUAAGUUGCUGUUCCAAUGAAGAGUUCAAGGCAUUGGUGCUUGAAUACAUGCCCAAUGGAAACCUUGAGAAAUGGUUAUAUUCACGUAAUGAUUGCUUGAAUUUUAUGGAAAGAUUGAAUAUAAUGAUUGAUGUUGCAUCUGCUUUGGAGUAUCUUCACCAUGGUUGUUCAACACCUAUUGUUCAAAGCGACUUGAAGCCUAGUAAUGUGUUGUUAGAUGAAGAUAUGGUUGGCCAUGUAAGCGAUUUUGGGAUAGCAAAGUUGCUAUGCAAUGGAGAUAGCAUGGUGUUAACCAACACCCUGGGAACACUGGCUUACAUUGCUCCAGAGUAUGGUUCAGAAGGACUAGUCUCUACAAGGUGCGAUGUGUAUAGCUAUGGUGUGAUGUUGAUGGAAGUAUUCACGAGAAAAAGGCCAAGUGAUGACAUGUUUGUUGGAGAUCUAAGCUUGAAGAGUUGGAUUGAAAUGUCAGUUCCAAAAUUCACAUAUCAAGUUAUAGAUGCCAACUUAGUAAUGAAUGUUGAAGAAGAAAAUGGAGACAAAAUUGUGGAAUUCACAACAUCCAUAUUGGAGUUGGCUUGCAAGUGUUCUGCACAUUCCCCUAAUAAAAGGAUUAAUAUGAAGGAAGCUGUAGCAGAGCUGCAGAAAAUCAAACGUGGGUUUUUAGGGUGAGGCCUUAUAGGGUUGUUUUACUACUACUUUUUAGAUGUUACUGUAGAUAUGUAUAAUAUAUUUGGUCCAAUACUAGUUAGUUCUGUAUUGCAUUCAAUCAUGUUGUGUAAAGUAGUAAAAAAAGAUAUUAAAUUCAUUACUAUUUGUGGUAGUUUCAUGCAUCAUUCUUUUGCCAAUUUUUUUGGCAUUUGAAUUAUUUGUAUCGUCUAUGGUUUACAAGGUUA